UUUAUUGCAUGUCGUGCCAGUUUAAUAAGGCAAAGGGACGUAACUCCAUUUACCUUCUUGAACUUCAAAUUUAUUGUACAAUGAUGUUCCACAAUAUAUGCAUUGAACUGGUGGUGAACACUUCAGCCGUUGAUUUGUAUCAUGACACAGCAUCCUAAGAUGAUUAAUAUUUACUUGAUGUUCAGUCCGUUUAUAACACAGACCACAUUCUUCUGUAUUAGAUCUGGCAAACCUAAUGACAUCUUGCAUUGUAAAGAUGUUGCUGUCUAGCUUAUCAAAAUUCUUCCCUUUCAUUGCCAGUGAUGAAGUAAAUCACAUUAUUGUCAAUAAAUCAGGGUUAAAUGGGUUUUUAUUUACAAAGAAAUGUAGGGAGAUUUUCAUUCCUUUUCUGCAUAAUUACGUGUUCUGUGUCGGCUUAUUAGAGGGACAUAGACCAUGGAACCUCAAGUAUGCUGUGGCAUUUAAUGAAAAUGAUAAUGAAGGUGUGGAAAAAAUUCCUGUAUGUCCAUGCUGAGCUGCAACUUUUUAAGGAAUGAGAGUUUGUAAAAGAAUAUGUCAGUUGUCUUUCCUGAGUGAAUCCUGUGUACACGUUAAAAGGAGGAAAACUUCAAACAGAAACAAUGUAUUUCCUGUAUACACAAAUACAGGAAUUCAUUAUGGAGUGAAAAAAGUCACAAAUGAAUUAAAAUAGCCGCUCUCAGUGUGUUCUGGUGUUAGCAUGCCCACUAUCCUUAACAUUAUAAAAUCACAAGUCAACAAUACUCUCCUCACCAGAAUUUGUGCCUCCUUAUCAGAAAAAAAAAGUUUUAGUACCCAUGUCCAAUUUCAAAUCAACAGAACAAGUUUAUGCCAAUAUCCAGCCCCUAACCGAGUAUUGUAUUGGGGGUAUUUCAUGUCAGAUUGUUGGAAACAAAAAGCUUGUGGGGGCCAGGGAGCAAUACAUUGAAAAGUUUGAUAGAAUUUCAAUUACAAGAGCAGGUUUCAGAUGUCGCACAUGAAAAGACAGUUUAUUUUAAAACACAAAAGAUAGUAAUGCGGGACAUGGUUUUCACUCUAGUAGAUCACCGUGUUUGAAAUCUUAUCUCCUCUGCAUAGUGACAGUUAAAACAGACCAUUAUAGUUAAAUGAAAGAGAGAAAAAAAAGCUCUUUUGUAGAUCCAGUUCCGGUCAAAAAAAUACAAAAUUAUUGAAUGAAGUUGUUUAAAGAUAUAAUUAGGAACAAGUUUAUAUCUAAUGAAAGCAGUUUGACUGCACUUUUAUUAUUUUUGGUAAAAAUGUAAAUUCCUAGCUACCUGUUGACUUAGCUUCUCUGGAUGUUUUCUAUUUUCCUGUAGUUUUCGGAGCCGUAAAUCUGCUGGUGCUAUUAGCUUGGCAUUCUAUGAGGUUAAGUUUUUAUUAUAUUUUUGGCAACUGUGAGGGAAUCUUAACAGCGUCUGCGAGUCUCAUGCUUCAUUAAAACUCAAUAAAGCCACUCAAAAUAAAUUGGGGGCCAAAUUUCUCUUUUCUGAUAUCUAUCUGAUUUAUUUAUUUGGUAAAUUGUGACAUUUUGUCACAUCCUUUUCUGAAAUGAGAGUGUCAUCUAAGCCCCUAUUUGAUGUGGCAUAUACUCAUUUCCUUAAACAUUUUAUCUUGUCUGAGAUCAUAAUCUUGAUGGAACAAGAUAUGAACUUGAUAUGCUAAAUAUGCAGUGUGUGUUACAAGACACUUUUAACACAAUGUACUUUAAACUAAGCUAGGUCACUUUCCAUACUCUUCUUUUUCAGCUGUAAAAUUCUAAAAUUCUUUUGUAAAUCUGCGUUAAUGUGUGUAAAUUUUCACAAAAAUUUUAAGCUGGAGACAAAUAUGUAAAAAUUUCUAAUAAAAAUUCAGGUUUUUAAUAAGUAUAAAGAUGGUUUUCCCUCACAACAACCAACCAUAACUUAGACCCACUUAGUAGCCCCCUGCUGGUUAAUGAGGGGGGUGAGGUGUUACUAAUUAUGUUUGUGGCAAGUUGUUUAUGAAACCAAAAGUAAGCUAAAGGUUGUUUGCAGUGUAUGAAAUGAUUCACAUUUUUGUUGCUAAGGUAGAAUGUACCCACGAUUAGGUUUGAUGAGACUGGGGGGUUUCUACAAACCGGUACUUUUUAGAUCGACACAGGAUUUGUUUUAUCUCUGUUAUUGUAAACCACUUUACCACAACAUUUUUUUCUAAUCAAGUUUGAAGACGCAACUAUCUUUUUAUCUGCGGACAUUUCACAAAUAGUUAGCGUCUUUGUCAGAGAAACAUUUAAAAACAGUCGUUUGGAAGUUGCCUUUUAAAGGGGAGAAUGUUUAUUUAAUCUAUGUAGUCAAGACUGAUAAUUAAAAUUUGCUUUAAGUGGUAAAUGGCUUUGAUGCACUUGUGAUAAGUCUUAAGUGAAUCACUCAGUAAUUAGUUGGUCUGGUCCCAUCUGGUAAAUGUCAAGAGGGCUGGUGUGGGCUGACAAAAUGUUGUGUGCAGAAACUUCAGUUGCAGUGUUCUAAUAAUUCUAUGAAUAGAUACAUGUGCACCAAAUUUCCAUUUAAAACUGUAUGACGUAUCUGUUGCAUCAUCUACCCCAGUUUAGUCAUAUGUAUUGAAUAAUAUAAGUAGACAAGACUCAUCCAUUUCUUUCACUUGCUGAACUUUUUGAUGAAUUUAAAUCUCAUUUCUGUAAUUAUAAACGCACAGUUCCGUCAGGCUUAGUGAAUCAGGCAGGAUACAAUCGUCCGUGGUUUAUGAUUGGUCACUAGGUCAGACACUGCAGUAUUUCACGUGACUAGAUCUCCGUAAUGAGAGAUUUUUAUGAAUGACAUUGGUAGGGGUGAGAACAUUCAUGGCUUGGGUAUUUCCUGUUGAGUAAAUUCUAGUCUGAAAGUUAUCUUCUGGUGUCAUCCAAUAAACCUAUACUGUGGCCUUGUUGAUGUAAACUGAAUAAUGAAUGUCAUACAGAGCGAUACAAUACUUGUCAUCUAAUAUUGCUUUUGAAUACAGUGGUUAUUUUAUUUUGCAUAAAAAGGUCAUUGUCUUGACCACCUUGCAAGGAUAGUUAUUAGCUCAUUCCCGUGGUCAAACCCUAUCGUACUGUGUUGUGUGAGUGGAACAUUCAAAUCCAAAAUGAUAAUUUAUAUAUUUUUCACCACAAAAACCACACACACUCCUUCACUGAGUGAGAAAAUGGCUUUUAGGUUAAUACUUGUAUGGUUUGAAACCCUUUCCCAAAUUAUAGAAAACAAGUUUAUGAUGAAUAAAAAAGUGUGUGACAAUGUAGUCCAUGUGACCUUUGCAUUAGACCCCUCCCUCCAUUGACCUGUGUGACUUGUGGUCCUUUGAUCUGUGUUUUAGACCCCCUUAUUUGACCUGUAAUUAUAACUUAAAGUAAUACUUGUGCUAUAAUCUCCAGAUCUUUUUCCAUGUCACUGCUUUUGUUUCAAACCCUCUCUAUUGCACUCUCUCAGAUGGUAAUGAAUGGGAUCAUGGAGAUGGCAUGAAAGAGAUAGAAAAGGCGAUAGUUAGGACUUUCAGAUUCCGUUUGAUCAUCUCAUGCCCUUGAAGAAAAAAAUCCAAUUAUCUCAUCCUCUUCAGUUUGUCUUGUCUAGAGCUAUACAUACACAUGAUUUUCGCUUUUGAAGUUUGGUCAUGAAUCUGGCUUUUAGGGGGGUCCUGUUGACAUUUUAAUUUGGUUGUUAGUUUUGAACUUGAAAUUGGCCUGUCUCAAUAUUCCCCAGAGUUCUCAGUAUCCAGACUUGACCUCUUUUGACCUUGCUUUGGAAUGGUGAUGUAACAUCCUCUAUAUCUGGGGUAGUUUUAGAUUGUCUCUGAUAGCUGCCCUGUUUACUUUUGAAUUUCAUUAGGGUAGAUGGGCAUUUUUAAAUUGCCAAGACCCGGUUGCAAAGAGGUUUUUCCUGUUUGUACUUGGUUUGAACACUGCACAAAAGAUUGCUGACUUAAAAAUUGAAUGACCUGUUAAGUGCCAGCUAUGCUGUGGUGCUAAACAAAGGAAUUCCAAAUGGGUCUGUUUUUGUUUCUCUGUGCAUUAUAAUUGCUGAUUACAACAUGCUGGUUUCCUGUUAUAACUACACUUACCAUGUAGCAAGAACACAUUCCUUGUACUUUAACUCAGAAUUACAAACCAUAAUAACAUAAUAAUUUUCCAGCAAUUAACUUUUCUACAUAUUGGUAUUAAGUCAAUUUAAAAGUAUUCCCAAAAUACAUGCUUUAAUUUUAAUGCAAGAUUACACUACCACAUGCAAAGAAAGCACAUGAUUGUAGCAACUUGUUCUCUCGCAGUGCAUGAAAUAAUUACAGUUCAUUAGAAAACAAAUCCUUAAAGGUGGUGUGUGCUUUCUGUCACACACUAACAUUGAGGCUGACACCAAACGGACAGUAGAACUCACCUUUUGUCAGGUGACAGGGAGCAGCACCUGUUGCCAAGUGAAGAUGCAGGGCCACCAGACCUGAUUGCAUGUUAGAGGAGGGAGUUUCCGUGUUUUUAUCGUUUUUUGUCGGUGUCAGGUUAUUUCAGGAUAUCCAAUACAACCAGCAGAUGUUGUAGAAUACAAUGAAAAUUUCGUGUAUAAGAGCUGAAUGGUGUCUACAAAAACAUCCAUUGUUAGCAAGUCACCUUGACUGUUAAAAGAACUGAUGGAUGGUUAGAAUUUAAUAAUGGCAUAUGUAGAAAAAGUAGCAAAUAUUUGGGCCAAAAUUUAUCGAUUUCUUGAAUUUUGAUUUGAAAACUUAAUCAGUAAGAGUGGCAGAUUUUAGACGACAUAUCUUAUCUGGACAGCAGGAUUGAAAAGCUUCAGUUCUAAAUGAUAGUUAAAGAAUAACGGGAAAUCAUUGGCUCACAGAUAAGGUGGCUCAAAUCACCUGAUGAAUGGUCAACUUGAACACACCUGGAGAGCAGGUGAAUAUUUGUUCUCUGUUCAGAAACGGAUAGGUAAGCUGCCAAUACAAAUGGAAAUUGGCACCAAUGAUCAAAGACCAACCUAAUAUUAGAAAACUAUUGGUGAUACAAUUCUCAGUACCAGAUGAAGUGAGUUUUAGCAAGAGUUAAUCAUAUUGUAGUUCAACAUGCAAUACAGCCAUAUAUACAGGUGAUGACCUUGGGUAGUAAAUUCGAGUAAUUCUGAGCACCGAGUACCUGAGUAUGCAGAAUGCUGCUAAGCACCUGUGUAUUUGAGUAGACAGGCAAGCCUUUGUGUGUUAUGGCCACUGUAUGAUUUCUCAAACCACAGUAUUUCCUGUUAAACGACGAUUAAAGCUUUAUCUAAUGCCUCUAAUUCUGGGGAGACCCAUUGGGACAAUUGUAAAGGCAGGGUAAACAUGGUAAAAAAGUUAUGUGGUCAUAAAUUUGCUCAAAGAGCACAAAAUGUCAUUUUAAUACCUUUUUAUGUUGAUUGCUUGUAAAGAGAGACGAAUUUCACCAAUCCCUGACAGUAACCUUUGUUGGCCAAUCUUCUGGUUUUAGGAGAGUUGAAAUAGUUGGAUAACUCUUCAAGAAUUUGUCAUUCUGACCAAACUUCAAACUACAAUAGCUGAAGUUUUAAAUGGGUAUAAAUGUUGAAGAUUGGUCUUGUAGUAUACAUGUUUUCAAAUUAAUUGCACUUGAAAGUUUGACAAGACUUGCAUGUGGUCAGAGUUUGUUGCUAAGAUAUCACUGUUGGUUUUUACUUGGUAAAUUAUUGUCCCAGUGGUGGUCCCUUGCUAUGGUAGGGGUUGGGGGGCAUCAAUUUGUCUAUCACCUACUAAUUUUAGACAGUGGGAGGUACUUGGUCAUUGUCCAGUCCUUCAGAUUGGAAUAGAAGCCUACAGAGUCCAAGAUGAUAGGGUGUGUUUACUGACCGCUGGGGGUCGGCUGGAAUGUUUGAUUCUUAUGUCAUCACAAGUAUUUACCACCACUUGGGGUCCAGUGACCUCUCUCUCUCUCUUUCUCUAGAUUGACUGACCAAGUAAACAGACAGUGACCUAGAUUAACUGACCAAGCAGUUUACAGAACAGCUGUUUGGCAUUUAGAAUUGUCAAAGGUUGCACAAAUAGACCAUGUAGAAUUAUCAAAGGUUGCACAAAUGGACCAUGUAGAAUUGUCAAAGGUUGCACAAAUAGACCAUGUAGAAUUGUCAAAGGUUGCACAGAUAAACCAUGUAGAAUUGUCAAAGGUUGCACAGAUUUUCAUAUAAAUUUUGUUGGUUCAUUUAUUUUGAUAUUGAACUAAUUUUUGUUUUAACAGACUUUUAGUAAAAACAUAUAUAUUAUGUAUAUAUCAAAUUAUAGAUAUAUGUGUAGAUCUUGCAUCAGAUUUUCCAUGUGAAUAAAAAGUUGAAAUGGUGGGGUGUAUAUAGUAGACCUGUGUGAUGAGAAGAAUUGAUAUAGUGGGUGAUUUUAUUUUUGAGGGAUAUAUGAUACUGUUGGGUCAGACAGGGUUAAUAGAAAUUCACUAGUCUAACAAGACAAUCUCUGUGAAUUACUUCUCCAGCCAUAAAAACUUUUAUAACCUAGAAAAGAAGGAGAGUGGCCAUCAAUCAAUCACCUUGUAGUGGAUCUUUGUUUUCUUGUGGGACUUUUAGACAAUGUAUGCUGGAGUAGGUUAGUUACCCCCAAGAUCAAAAAUUCCCAGACCCCCUAUCAGAAAUGAGUCCCUGAUGAUGUGAAUGUUUUGUCUGUCCUGCUAAUCAGUGGUUGUCAUGUAGGGUCUGAGAAAGGAGAUAUUGAUUCUAUAUGUGCACCGUGACCAUUAGUCUUCUGGUACUUUAAUGAAAGAAAUAUAUAAAGAAAAAUAAUAAUGAUUCAUUGAGAAUUCAUGAUCUGAUUCUCUCAUCAGGAGGCUUAAUUGAAAUCUUGCUUUUCAUAGUUUCCUGGUAGUCCAUGUGCAAUCCAGUGUAAUACCUAUCAUGUAUUUGAAAUGUCAACCAAGCAAUUUCCCCUGCAGGUUGUAACUUUUAAAAGGCUAAGUUCACAACAACAUUAAAUGACAUGCUGACUUUUGUAAUGUUGGGGCAGAGUGGUUCACUCUUCACCCACAGAAGUAAAGAACUUAGUCCAGGAUCAGGCAGGAUUUCAUACGAGGGACUUACCGGGAUUUCCUUCUUUGAGAGCCUUUCUAGCCCCGAGAUAAAGAAGAGAGAAGAGAGGGCUUGGGCAGCAUUAACAGUCAAAAAUUUUGCACAAAUGAAAUUUGAAGAUUUCCUAAUCAUGGAAGGGGUGAUUCACCAUUAAGGAACCUCUCGAGACAUUUAAAAAUCGCGAAGUUGCCUGACUUCCGUAUUGAGUUUGUCAAAACAUGAUUUAAUUGGGCCGAGUUGAGAGUAUGUAUGUAUACACAUAAAACACUUUUCUUUGAUGUUCGGUGCAGUGGGAUCAUUACAGGAAACACCUCCCAUGCCUCCCUCUAUAAUUAUUAUUAUCAUUUAUUGAAACAACCAGACACCUUUUCAAGGACAUAUGAAUUGAGUAUAACUGUAGGACUAUAUUAAGAUGGUGUUAAUUGGAGGAGUUUUAUUUCAGAAUAUUCAUUGCAUUUUGGACAAAAAAGUCCAAAAAUAGCCUUGUUACAAGUAAUAUUACAAGACACCUAAAGCACUUUGACCACUCGACUUCUUUAUUCUCAAAUGGAAUUCAUCUGUUCAGCCCUGAUAAUCAUCCCCAGCGUCUGGUGGUGUCCUGUUCAACAUAGAGAACAUUGAACUUUCACCGACUUGUCAGGAGCUAAUGAAAUUACUUAAUCAUUUUAAAUUUACUGUUGGCCUGACACCAUAGUGCCCGACAAAUCCUUUGUUUGUCUGUUUGCAGGGACAUCUCUUGUAUUAGUGACAAAACAAAUUUGUCCAGGUCUUCGUUUUAGGGGACUUUAUGUACUUGGAGAUUUAUUUUACUUUAUGAGGAACUUUUUCACCCCCUUCAGUCUUUCUAGGUGUAUACAUUGCGCGCACCUACAUUUGGAAUUUAGCACCCAAUAAAUCGCUGACAAGCCCAAUUUUAACAGGAUCAUCUGAAUAUGAACCAAGAAGUUUCUUGGAGCAGUGUUAAUAGAUUUUUUUUUGGCAGGGAGCAAGGAAACCUAUUUGUAGUAUUUAGAUGAACUGUCACUUCAGACACCAUUUUGCCCUGUAGGAAGAUUUCUAACAAGACAGAAAUUGAUGCAUUUUUGGUGCAGCAUUUGGCGCACUGUCAGGAAGAACCUUGGGGGGAAAAGAAGAUAAUUGCUGACCACUCCAGCUGAUGGCCGUGCAAUUAUUGUCUGUUGUAGCUGUUUGUAAUAUAAUAGAUUUUCCAUUAAAUUUUUGACAUCACUCAGAAUAAUAAAGUUGAUCUUUCCCACAUAUAUUUCAAUGCCAGAUUUUGUUGAUUUACAGAAAAAUCUGCCAGUAUGAUUCAUUGUUUUGGAAACUAAAAAGGAAUGUUAUGUUUUGAGAUUGUUUGAAGUUAAUUGCUGACAUGCAAGUAAAGCUUUGAUUAUCCUACAAGUGAGCUGAUCCUAUUAACUGAAGUCUUACGAAAUUAUCUUGAAAAGCUCAGGUCUAGUGGUUUUACAGAUUUUCUUGAGCACCUGAUGUGUUGUCUGCAUGAUCCAACCUUACAUCAAAAUCGUAUUACUCCUUAAGAUUACCUUCAUGCGGUAAGAAGACUCCGCUGGGGUGAGGAUAAAAGGGGUGGUACCACAGUCUGAUAGGUGUCUCUACUUUCACUUUGAAUUGGCAGUAAAAUAUCUAGGUUUAUGUCACUUUAUUACAUUGUUAAGUAGAAAGAUUUGGAUUUGUGGUCAGCACAUCAGUGUUUCUUCCUAGACCUAGGCUAUGGCAGUAAUGGCAGACUAACUCUGGGGACAUCUGGGGAUAAUUGAUUUUAAAUGACUGCCACUUGAUGUAUAUGGCUUCCUCAGGGGAAAAUUCUGAUUGUAUGUGUACCAGCUUUUGACCCAUUCACUUCAGAAGUUGAAAUUGACAUGGUGUAAAGAUUACUGUAGUAUUGUACAUCAAAUUUACUUUGUCUUGUUCUGGUUUCAUAAUACUAAGUGAUUCUGAGAAAAUGUCAUAAAAAAUGUAUAACAAGUUACCACAAUAUGAUGAAGUAAUGUAUAUUGAAUGAAAUUGUUAAUUGCAAUUAAUAACUGUGGCUCAUUAGCUGUAAUUGCUAGUUUGGGUUGUACAUGGUUGAUCUUGAGAACUAUCUGUUGGAAAUGUUGACGUGACUUGAGUAUUGUGGUCCUGGAGAUAAGAUAAAUCCCCGAUUAUGUAAUUUACUGUGUAAUAAUAUUUUGAUCAGUUAACCUCACCAAACAUAGCCUCUUUAAUUGUUUGAAUUGUUAACAUACAGUGUGUAAUUGCACAUUGAUUAAGGUGGCUGGCAACUGUUUUAUGGAACCCCAUGAGACUUGGUAGACUGACCUGGGUAUGUUAAGGCUAUUAAUUCUCUUUGAUUCUUGGCCAAAGAUAAGAAGCUUUGUUGAUGAGAUACAGCUGUCUGGGGCUUUGUUGGUCAUCUGUGGUUCCUCCCCAUCAUGGACAUGUCCUUGCAUUCAUUACCUUCCUAUGAUUAACCUCCCAGUGGACAAGGAUAUAUCUCACAAGAGACCCAAGAAGCAUUCCAGUUCAUACGAAAUAUUUCUCCAGAACCUAUUUUCUUGUCAAUGCAAACUCAUUGAUUUACUUGAAAAUAAAACCACCACAAUGAAAGGCUUUUUGUAGUAAAUGUAUGCCCUUAUAGAUGAUCUCAUUGAAAAGUAGAUCAUAUAUUCUUAUGGAAAUUUUUUGACAGGAGCCUUCUGAAACAGAUACUGGACAGGUAGACAUCUAUUUAUACAGAGAAAAUGAAGCUUGCCCACUUGCUGAAUUUGAAUUCAGUGCAAUAGAAAACUUAAAACUAUUUUGUCAUGAAUCAAUUGAAAUUUUUUAUUUAUUUAUUUUAUGUUAAUGAAAAUAUCCCCCAGUCAAUGUUUUUCUUACCCACUACAGGACUGAAUAGCUACGACGUGUCCUCAGAGAUUUAACCAUUUUGAAGUAUGUGCUGCUUUGAAUUGUUGUUUAUACUCUGACCAAGUCAUCAUGAUUACAUAUACUGGAGUUUGUAAAGGUUAUAAAAAUGUUGACAUAUCUCUGGCAUCACAAGAAUUUAACAAAUUUUUAAAGUCUCUUAAGAUCUUUCUGGGCUGUGAUGUACUAUCAGAACUUCAAUGACUGGUCACCAUUUUAACAGGAACAAUAUGAUCAGACCUUAAAUUUGUCAGUACAUAUUAUGAGAUUAAAUAUUUUAAGUUGUGAUAAAUUUGAUAUGUUAUGUCCCCAAACCUUUAUAGAAUUUAAAGUUCAUUUGACAUUUACCUAAUUACUCAGUAUUGUGACAUCUCUGAGAAAUAUUUCAACCAGAUACUCAUAUCAGUUAAAAAUAAAUAAUUAUUCCUGUCUAAACAUGCCAAAUACUAUUAUUUAUUUAUAUGUGCUGGGGGACAUGGGAUUAUUUUAUUAACAGGUAAUAAUUUUCCCAGCCAUUAUAUAAGACAGGUUUGAGUUGGGGCUGCAGUUAUAUUGCAUUGGUCAACAAAUUUAAUAUGUCUAUAUCAGACACGAAGGCCUGCAUCAAAAGCUAAGGUUUGAGUGACAGCUGAUAGCUUCAGCACAUGUCCCCAGCCUAUAAAUUCACAGGCUGGUGAUAUCUACAGGCUAGAUUUUCAGCUUGGUGUAAACACAGUACUGGGCCAGUGUUGAGUGUCUAGUGUUUUUAUUUCACAACAAUGCAAGGCUGACCUUAUUGUGUGUUUUAACAUUACAUUCUGUUGUGGACAGUAGCUGGACAAUGUGUUUGUUUAGCAAUCAUUGUAUAGGGUCAUUUUGAAUUGAGAAUCCUUCUGCCAUUCUGAAUUCUCAUUGGUUGAUAGGGAACCCCCCAUGCCUUAUCAUUAGACUGCAAUAGUGAGAGGUACAUGAAACAACCAGUCUACCACUGCAUGUACACACUGCAAAGAGCAUUUGUGUUUUCAUAUCCCAUUCAGUGUGUGAAAGAAGUGAUUAAUUUUGUAAGUACUUAGCCGGUAUAAAUGUUUACAGUGAGAGGGACAUUUCAGGCCACGAUUUUGUUUUAGUGAGCUCUUGCUAUCUGACUCAUCCAUAGUCACACACCUUUAUAAAAGUUUGGAUGUGCGUACAAUCAUUGAUAUACUAUUUAAAUCACUCACGGAUUGGCCCAUAGUUUCAUUUUCUGAUCUGAGUGCAUGACGGAAACAAACACUUCUGUGUGUGUUACAUUUUAUACAGGGAAGUCUCUUGUACAUGUUACAUGGAAGAAAAAGUUUUCACUCUAAAGGAAUUCAUUGAUUUUGUAUCUGUGUGUAAGACAGGGGAAUUUCUUUAAUAAUAGUUCAUUGACUGAGACAGUUUUAGUGUGCUUGUCUCUCCUUUGAUGUUUUUUCUGGACUUUAAAUUCCUCGGUGGGCCGAGUUAAAGAGGUAGUAAAGGUUCAAUCAAACAUCACGCAUCCAGUUGAGAGGAGGCUACAGCUGACGAGAGAGAGAUCCCCUACACGUGUCUCCAGCUCCCGUCAAGACGAGCGCCCAGUCACGUGUGUCCGUUAUAGCGCAGGAAGGAAACUUUGUCACCAAACGUGUAAGAUUUGGUCUUGCUCAAUUUGGAAAUGUGUAGGAAGAAAAAACAUUGUUGUCAUAUUUAACAACUUAAAAGUUUUCACCAGGAACUUUAUAAACAAGGGGUUGUAAAGUAGUGGAAGAUUGAUUAACUGAUUGAAGACAUGGGAGGAAACAGUUCUCAUUCGGAUUUCGACCCUCGAUAUAACAUCGAGAAGAACUCUAAAAAUUGUGACACCAACUUUCAGAGGCUUCAAUAUCAUGGUGUCCGAUACCCGGAAGGCAAGCCCAACCCCCCAGUGAGAAAUCCUUCAGUGAAUAACAUCACACAGACGUCCCUAACACUGAAAUGGGUUCCUCCAUAUGGGUGCCCGUCUAGCACCAUUUUAGCGUACCAGGUGGAGGUGUGUCGGGUUCAAGAUAAACGCUGGAAAGUGGUCACCAACUCCUGCCAGGGAAAUACCUAUGAUGUCAAAAAUCUGGCACCGGGUGUGGAGUAUAUGUUUCGUGUCAGGACAGAAAACGUAUAUGGAAAAGGUAAACCUAGUGUUCCCUCACAAGUGAUUCGGACUCUGAGUGAAAAUCCGUGGAUUACACCAUCAGAGGAAAAGGAGGAGGAGGAGAGGGUAACGAAACUUACCAGAAGACAUAGUCACUAUAUCAAGGUGGAAAACAGCGUAUCAAAUCUCCUACAGAAGACGGAGAUUGAGGAGGAGAUGAGUGAAGUGGGAACCAUUCCUUUCAAACGUAACAGCAGUAUUCGGCACUCUUUGCCUGUCCACUGUGUUAAGAGACCCACGGUUUUACCCUCUAGCAUACUGCCAGGUUCCCGACGUGAGAGCGUCUGCAGUUUAAAGGACAGAGAAUCUAGGAAAUCCAUCGAAGAAUCGUCAGUGUUCACCGAUGAUACUGAUGAAGUAUCAUCACUAAAACUUCAUCGCAUAUCAAUGACAUCUACUGAAGAUGAUUCAUGCAAAUGUUCAUCCUCUGCAGCUUCAAUGACAUCUAUCCCCGAGGAAUUUAAUGACUCUAGGGGUGAAAAGGAAUCAGAUCUUGUUUAUGUGAAGACCCCUCUGCCAGGAUGGCGGUAUAACCCCCAGUCCCACGAUAUUCUCUCUGCUCCAUACUCAGAUGAUACAAAAUUAGCCUGGGUGACGGACCAGAAAUCUACGAUUCCUCAUCAGCAAAACGCUGAUGACACCUCGCCCGUGUGGCGAGACAGACACGAGAAUAAUAAAAACUUGCCAGAUUUCCGAUCACUUAGAAGUGCUUUAAACUCUAAUGAUCUUUUAGUGAAAACUCUCAAUGCUGAUAAUAAUGGAAAUUACUCAACUCUCAAUUCCAAAGGAAAAUUGUAUGAUAAAGUUAUACAGGAAGAGGACGAACACAAUCUGGCAUUUGAUAUUGUUUCAGCUGUGUAGGAUAAAUACAAAAUAAAUUCUGACCCUAUUUUACGGGUAGAUGGAGCAUGCUUUUUUGGGUUAAUGUGUCGGACUGAUUGGAUUACUACAAAUGCUAUGCUCUACAAAGGAUGAGAUUUGUGGAAGACAGAAUAUUAUCUGUCCCGUUCUGCCACAUGGUGCUCUGAACUAGAGUCUUCAGUGUGAUAAUCCAAGGUUGAAUCAAAUCUGAUCGCCUUUGUGUCAUUCUUUAUCAUGUACUUUAAUCCUCCAGUACAUUACUGAAUACAAAAACAGAUAUAUUUAUAUAUAGUGCAUACUGUCAUUUAAUUCAAUAUGUACAAUAGUCCUGCAUUUCUUGAUAACCAGGGAGGAAUGAUAAAACAAAAGAAUUUCAGAAUCCUAAACAUUUACAUUUUAGUGUUCUUUUUUUUAAUGUUGAAAUGUAUUUAUUAUUUCAUAAAAGUUUUGAAAUCAC